AUCUUGUGAUCUGCCCAAAGGCUGGGGAGUCAAAGUGACGGAUUUGUUUCGUUUGGGAAGUGAAUCGGUUUAAAUGUUCGGUCAGUUUGGGAAGAGUUUUUAUUGGGGUUUUCACGCUGCAGUGUAUGUGGUGUGGCCACGCUGAGAGGAAGGUUGUCGGUGGCUGGAUGGUACUGUGUGUCGUCAGUGAGCGGAGCAUUGCUGUGGAAACCUGUACAAGCUGGAGCUGAGGAGUUGGCAAUUGGACCCUCGCUGCAUACUGAGGCUUCGCUUUCAAUGAUUCAGAGCUGGGCAGAUUCGUGCAUUUUAGGGGAUGUAGGACACACCAACAGCUCAACACCCAACCUGUUUAUUGCAAGAACCCAUAGAACAAUAUGACUACACUUGCUGAAACAAAAACUGUUCUUCGCUGCGCUGAUGCAGUCUGUUUUGAUGUUGACAGUACGGUCAUUAAAGAAGAAGGAAUUGAUGAACUAGCCGUGUUCUGUGGUGUCGGUGAUGAAGUAGCAGAAAUGACCCGAAAUGCAAUGGGAGGGGCAGUCUCAUUUAAGAAGGCUUUAAUGGAGCGUCUAGCUAUAAUAAAACCUUCACGAGAGCAAGUGAACAAGCUAAUAACUGAUCAUCCCCCAUGUUUGACAGACGGUAUAAAGGAACUGGUUGGUCAUCUUCAGCAACGUGGUGUUGAAGUUUUCCUGAUAUCUGGUGGUUUCAGGAGUAUAGUGGACCAUCUAGCAGCACAGAUAAGUGUUCCCUUAGCCAAUGUUUAUGCAAACAAGCUAAAGUUUUACUUCAAUGGUGAUUAUGCCGGCUUUGAUGAAACCCAACCAACAGCAGAAUCUGGUGGGAAAGGCCGGAUCAUAAGUCAUUUAAAAGAAGAAAGAGGUUUUAAGAAGGUUGUCAUGAUUGGAGAUGGAGCCACAGACUUGGAAGCAUGCCCUCCUGCAGAUGCAUUUAUCGGAUUUGGUGGGAAUGUUGUCCGACAGCAAGUAAAACAAAAAGCCAAGUGGUUUGUCACAAGUUUUCAAGAAAUUAUUGAAGAACUGGAAAGUUGACUUUUUUUUUCAAAUUACAUACAUCAGCAAAAUUUAACAUUAACAUGGAGAUACUUCUCUCUUCUUUGAUAUUAACUCUUAACUCCUCCUCUUGAUGUUAUUCCAGAUAACCUCUGGCUUCUCAGCUGUAGCUGGGUUCAAAAUUUAGGCUGAUUGCAAGUUUUGAGUUUCACAUGUUUUUAGAAGAAUAGAGUCAUGCUUAGCAUUGAAAUUGAAACCCAUAAUCAUUAUGGUAUCAAGAAACUAUAAAUUGUCUUUUCAAAAACAUUUGUCUGUUUAGAUUCCCCUCUUUUCCAAAUUGUUCACUUGACCAGUCCUGGGGAGUGUUGCUGAACAGAGACCUUUUGAGUGCAGGUUCAUUUCUCCUUGAAAGGGGAGUCGCAGGUAAAUAGGAUAGUGAAGAAGGCAUUUAAAACAGUUGCCUUUAUUGGUUGGAGCAUUGACUAAAGGUGUUGGGAGGUCAAGUUAUGGCUGCACACUUUUGGAAUAGUGUUCAAUUCCGGCCUCCCUUCUUUAGGAAAGAUGCAGAAAAGACUUACAAGGAUGUUGCUAGGAUUGGAGGGUUGAGCUAUGGGGAGAGGCUGAAAAGGAUGGGGUUGGUUUCCCUGGACCAUCCAAGAUGGAUGGAUGACCUUUAUCAAAGAUUUUAUAAAAUCAUGAGGGGCAUUGAUAUUGUAAAUAGUCAAGGUCUUCUCUAGGGUGGAGGAGACCAGAAUUAGAGAACAUAGGUUUAAGGGGAGGAUACAUGUGCUCAUUAAACAGUAUUUGUCUACAGCGUCAGACUUGAAAGUUUGUUUAGCUUAAGUUCUUUUAUAUACAGUAGCCCCAUGGCUGCUCUUUCCAGCACCAGUGGGGCAAUCGAUGGGGGCAAAAGUGACAUCAAUGCUGCUGCAUAGCCUGCAGCCACUAGUGACCACACCACCCGAGAUUGCCAACCACCUCCACAACUGCAGAGAAGACUACCACUGAAGGAUACACCAGUGUCACUGGAUUCAGUAGCACAGAUGUGAUGCCUACCUUGAAUGUCACUUCUGUCUGCCUGGUGGGUCCCAGUGGUGAUGUCAACAGCCAAGUACCCAACAGUGAAGUUGCCCUCCUCACCUGUGAUGUUACUUCUGUCCCCUUGCACUACUGACCCAAACUACACCCACUCAAGCCACUGUCUCUGCCCCCACCUCAAACUCCAGUCCAGGUCGUAGCUCCCAUCCCUGCUAUGUCUUCACCAUUCCCCAGACUUCCCCCUCACCUAAGGAUGAAUGUUUAGUCCUCAGUAAAAGUCUCUCUUUUAUCCCUGUAUGGUCCCAAUUAAUGAGUUUCUUCCACCAUCACCACCUCAGUGUCUACUUUUACAACUAAGACACCCACCCUCCUACCAAGGACCCCUUCUGCUACCUCCAACAUACCCCAUCCACCUGGACAUCCCAUGCUGGCCUGCUACCUGCCCUUGACCUCCUUCAUUUCAAACUGCUGCUGUGACACCAACUGCCUCAAUCUGUCCAGCCCACCACCCCCUCUGCUCCAACCCCAACCUUACCAUCAAAGCAGUGGACUAAAGGGGUACAGUGCUAGUCUGGCAAACUGACCUCUGUCACUGAAGCCAAGUGACAACUCAAAGACUCCUCCUCCUGCCCCUCAACCAUGAUCUCACCUGGAACUCCCCACAUAUGUUUGGAUCACCACCCAUACCUUGCACUUCCAAGACUUCAGUUUUCCCAAGCCCCCAGUGCCUCAUCUUCACCAUGGACAUCCAAUCCCUCUACACUUCCAUCCGCCAUGCCAGGGCCUCCAAACCCUCCGUUUCUUCAUCUCCUGACGUCCCACCAGUAGCCUUCCACUGACACUUAUUUGUUUGGCUGAACUGGUUGUCACCCUCCAAUUUCUCCUUCUAAUCCUCCCACUUCCUCCAGAUGAAAGGGGUAACUAUAGGCACCUGCAUGGGCCCCAGCUCUGCCUAUUUGUUGGCAACGUAGAACAGUCCAUCUUCCAGAGUUACUGUUACCACUCCUCACCUUUUCCUCAGCUACAUUGAUGCUAACCCGUGCUCCCAUGAGGAGGUUGAAUAGUUUGUCAACUUCCCCGACACAUUCUAUCCUGACCUUAAAUUCACCUGGAUCAUCUGUUACCUCUGUCCCCUUGCUAGACCUCUCCCUCUCUGUGCACAAGGACUGACUUUUUUUUUAAACAAACCCACAGCUACCUGGAUUGCACCUCUUCCCACUUUAAAGAUCCUUAACUUGAACAUUCAUCUAAUAACUAAAAUAUUGUCUUUGUGCAUGUUGAGAGUUUGUGUUGGUAAUCCAUGAUCUUCAUUGUAAUUUCAUCUGCAUGUAUAACAAAUAAAUUGCAGCAAGAGUA